AUGGAUGUGAUGUUGGAGAACUAUAGUAACUGGGUGUCACUGGGUGAGAAACCUUAUAAAUGUAAAGAAUGUGGGAAGGCCUUCAGCCGUGGCUAUCAACUAACUCAGCAUCAGAAAAUCCAUACUGGUAAGAAACCUUAUGAAUGCAAUGUUUGUGGAAAGGCUUUUUGUUGGGGUUAUCAGCUCACUCGACAUCAAAUAUUUCACACUGGUAAGAAACCCUACCAAUGUAAUGAAUGUGGGAAGACCUUUAAUUGUGGAUCAAGUCUUGUUCAACAUGAGAGAAUCCAUACAGGUGAGAAGCCUUAUGAAUGCAAAGAAUGUGGGAAAGCCUUCAGUCGUGGUUAUCGUCUUACUCAACAUCAGAAGAUCCAUACUGGUGAGAAACCUUUCAAAUGUAAGGAAUGUGGAAAGGCCUUUACAGGUAUCAGCUUACUCAACAUCAGAUAUUUCAUACUGGCAAGAAGCUCUACCACUGUAAGGAAUGUGGGAAGACCUUUAACUGUGGAUCAAGUCUUGUUCAACAUGAGAGAAUUCAUACUGGUGAGAAGCCUUAUCAGUGCAAAGAAUGUGGGAAAGCCUUCAGUCGUGGCUAUCAUCUUACUCAACAUCAGAGGACCCAUACUGGUGAGAAACCUUUCAAAUGUAAGCAAUGUGGAAAGGCCUUUAGCUGGGGUUCAAGUCUUGUUAAACAUGACAGAGUCCAUACUGGUGAGAAAUCCUAUGAAUGUAAAGAAUGUGGGAAAGCCUUUGGUAGUGGCUAUCAACUUCAGGUUCAUGAGCAAUUUCAUUCCAGUGAGAAACUUUAUCAACAUGAGGAAUUUGGGGAGACCUUUACUCAUAGUGCAAACUUGGAUCAACUUGAGAGAACUCAUGGUAACAACAAACCCUGUAGAUAUAAAGAUGUGGGGAGGCCUUUAUGUGGACAACUUGCUCAGACAAGAAAAUUGAUCCUGGAGAAAACUUGUAAUUGAAAAGAUAUGAGAGAACUUGUUAAACAUGUUCAAGUCUUGUUAAACACGAGAGAGUCCAUACUGGUGAGAAAUCCUGUGUAUGUAGAGAAUGUGGGAAAGCCUUUGGUAGCGGGUUUCAGCUUACUCAACAUCAGAUAUUUCAUACUGGACAGCUUAACAUGAGCAGAAAGCUUACUCCAAAGAAACCAUAUGAAAGAAACCAUACGAAUGUAUGCCAGGCAAUGGUGGCACAUGCCUGUAAUCCCAACUACUCAGGAGGC